CUAGUUAGCUUAUUAAAUAGUUGAAAUGCUUUGCUAGCUAGCUAGCUUGUCUGUCUGCUUCAGUAAAUUGCCAUUAAAAUAACAGCGUCAAAGAAGCUGGUUGUCUUGUCUAAAAAUACUUACUUGAAUUUGCAAGCAUUCGCCAGCUACCUGACAGCUAGUUAGCUAGCGUAAUGAAUUUGACAGAUCUGUAAGUCCAUCCCGCUCGUUUGCUUUGUUGACUCGCUAUUUUAGCCAGCCGAAAAACAGUCGAAAAAUGUGUCCUCCUCGGCUAAGACAGUGAUAAUACAUCAAAUGCAGAUGGUCUGAUCUGUAAAUUAGCUAACUUAGCUAGCAGAUUACUCAGGUUGGCUAACAUUAUGUUAAAUUAGCAAAGGCUAUUGUUACUAGUCCUAACCCAGGCAAUUAAGGGAAAUAAAUGGUCGUGCCAUUAUUUAUUUCGCACACCUGUUUUUACAGUUUAUUUAUUUAGUUGGCUAGCUCGUUAAAGGAGGCCGGAGCUGCUCAUAUUUAUUGCCUGAUAUUUACAAUGGCGGGUCCAUUGCUGGAGUUUGAGACCGAGAUGUUUCUCGGUCUGUUCGCUGCUGACGGUCUACUGGUAACGGCAGAAGGAAUGGGUAUUGACCGCGUACUGCUGCAAUUUCUGCGGGUUUACUCAGAGGAAGGGAGCCUGGUACUUUUGUUGAAUACAACCACACCUGAACAGGAAUACUUCACUGAGCAACUGCGGGCAGAAGGGGUCAGUCACCUUCCACAGACUGUAACGAGUGAAGUGCAGAGCAGCGACCGCUACGACGUGUAUACGCGGGGAGGCGUCCUGUUCGUCACCAGCCGCAUCUUGGUGGUAGACUUUCUCACUGACAGAAUCCCCGCGCAUCUCAUCUCAGGAAUACUGGUGUACCGGGCUCACAAGAUCAUUGAGUCCUGUCAGGAAGCAUUCAUCUUGAGGCUUUUCCGGCAGAAGAAUAAGACCGGGUUCAUCAAGGCCUUCACAGAUAAGGCCACUGCUUUCUCCUCUGGGUUCUGCCAGGUUGAGCGCGUUAUGAGAAACCUCUUUGUCAAGAAACUUUUCCUCUGGCCCAGAUUCCAUGCAGCUGUGAACUCUGUACUGGACAGACAUAAGCCUGAUGUUGUAGAGCUGCACGUGUCUCUUACCCCAGCCAUGAGGGCCAUCCAGAGCUCAGUGCUCGACAUAAUGAAUGCCUGCUUGAAAGAACUGAAGCGCUACAACCCUACACUGGAGGCGGAGGACCUCUCCCUGGAGAACACACUAGGCAAUGGCUUUCAGAAGACGAUCCGUCACUACCUCGAUCCACUGUGGCACCAGCUGGGAGCUAGGACCAAGUCCCUAGUCCAGGACUUGAAGAUCCUGCGCACACUGCUUUUCUACCUCACCCAGUAUGAUUGUGUCACCUUCCUGAACCUUCUGGAGUCCCUGCGUUCCAGCCAGAAAGCUUUCGGAAGCAACUCUGGGUGGCUGUUCCUGGACUCCAGCACAUCAAUGUUUGUAAACGCUCGCGGCCGUGUCUACCGUGUUGCUGAGGCAAAAAAGAAGCUGAAAGUGGGAGGUGAUCCAGAACAGCAAAAAAACAGCUUUGCUGAGGUGAAAAGGGAGCUGGUGCUGGAGAAGAACCCCAAGUGGGAGGCUCUCACAGAGGUGAUGCAGGAGAUCGAACAAGAGAACAGCCAAUCUGAACAUGACCCAGGCCGGGUGUUGAUCUGUGCCAGUGAUGACCGUACGUGUGCCCAGCUACGGGAGUACAUCCAGAGGGGGGCCGAGGCUUUGCUCGGCCGACUCUACAUUCGCACCAUCGGCAAGAACGAGGCUCCCUUCGACCAAGACGUGGAUAAGAGGGGGAGGGCGUGGGGCAGGAAAGAGCAGGAGAAGGGAUCCAAAGGCAAGAAGCCCAGAGCCAAGCAAACAAAGAGCAACAAGAAAGGCCAAAAGCCAGCGCUGACCCUCACCCAGAUGGUGGGGAAAGAAGAGACGGCUGGUGGAGAGCAGAUGGGUAGCAGUGCAGAUGAAGGAGAAGAGGAGGAGACUGAGGAGACUGAAGAGGAGCUUCUCCUAGACCUACCCUCUGAUGCGUAUUACGGAAUCCUGAAGGAGCCACUGACUGUAAUACACCCACUGCAGGGCUGUAGUGACCCCUACAGCCUUACCAGGGUACUACAUGAAGUGGAGCCACGAUACGUGGUUUUGUACGAUGCUGAGCUCUCCUUUGUUCGCCAGCUGGAGAUUUACAAAGCCAGUCGGCCAGGCAAACAGUUGAGGGUAUACUUCCUCAUCUAUGGUGGCUCCACCGAGGAGCAGAAGUAUCUGACAGCCCUGCGCAAAGAGAAGGAAGCCUUUGAACAUCUGAUCAGGGAGAAGGCCAGUAUGGUGGUUCCUGAAGAGAGAGAGGGACGGGAGGACACCAACCUGGACCUGCUGCGCAACCAAGACCCUGCCAAUGCCACCACCAACACACGUAAAGCAGGAGGUCAGGAAGAGGCGGCUGCACCCUCACGGGUCAUCGUGGACAUGCGGGAGUUUCGCAGCGAGCUGCCGUCCCUGCUCCACCGGCGGGGGCUGGACAUCGAGCCCGUGACGCUGGAGGUGGGAGACUACAUCCUGACCUCAGACAUGUGCGUGGAGCGCAAAAGCGUGAGCGACCUCAUCGGCUCCCUGCAGAGCGGGCGGCUCUACACCCAGUGCCUCUCGAUGACGCGCUUUUACCGGCGACCCGUGCUCCUCAUCGAGUUCGACCCGGCCAAGCCGUUCUCCCUGGUAGCCCGCUCCGACCUGCGCCAGGAAAUAUCCGCCAAUGACGUCACCUCCAAACUCACCUUGCUCACCCUGCACUUCCCCAGGCUGCGGAUACUCUGGUGCCCCUCCCCCCACGCCACAGCGGAGCUCUUCGAGGAGCUGAAGCGCGGUCGCCCCGAGCCAGACGCCGCGGCGGCCCAGGCCGUCACGGCCGAGUCUGACACCGUGAAUGAAUCCGCUGACCUCUACAACCCUGGCCCUUACGACUUCCUGCUCCGCAUGCCAGGGGUCAACGCCAAGAACUACCGGGCUCUGAUUAGUAACGCGGACAGCCUGGCAGAGCUGGCCACUCUCAGCCAGGACAGGCUGGCUGAAAUCCUGGGCAAUGCCACGAAUGCCAGGCAGCUGUACCAGUUCCUACACGGCAGCGUAGAUGUCCCUCCGGCUCAAAAGAGCAAGGUGACAGAGUCUCGGGCCAAGAGGUGA